AUUUUACAAUUUACACUGAUUGUUAUGAAAACAUGGCGUCGUCGAAGCACAGUUACGAUAUCGAUGUUCACCGUUGGGAAACUGCCUUGCGGACUGUGUGCUCUACAUUUAAUUUAAAGGAGUUGUAUGCUGAGCAAAUAGAGGCAUUACAUGCAUACUUUUCGGGUCAACAUGUAUAUGUAAACCUGCCUACUUCGUUUGGAAAAUCUUUGGUAUUUCAAGCUGUUCCAUUGAUUGCUGAUGUCAUAAAGCCAAAGGACAACGGCACAAGCAUAUUGGUUGUGAUUUCGCCUUUAAAAUCGCUGAUGGAAGAACAGGUUGCUUACUUGACCAAUCUGGGAAUACCUGCUGUUUGUAUUACGGACGAUUCUAAAGACAAGGUGAUAGAAACUGUAAUGCAAGGAAGAUACUCGCAUGUGUAUGCGUCUCCUGAGUGUCUUCUUUCGACUAGCAAAUGGAGAGCAAUAUUUUCUUCCAAAUUGUUUGUAAAAAAUCUUGUUGGAGUGGCUGUAGACGAAGCACAUUGUAUUGCCCAAUGGGGUUCAAGUGACGGGGGACAUGGUAGACAAAGCAUACCAUUCCGACAGUGGUAUGGUAAUUUAGGCGAAUUAAGAUCUUUGAUGCCAUCACAUUUAAAGUUUUUGGUCCUAACAGCAACAGCGGCAAAGUCAACAAGAGAAUAUAUAUUUAAUUCCCUACAACUUCCAAAAAAGAGCACCUACACAGUACAAAUGAGUCCUGACCGUGAGAACUUGUGUUACAGUGUUCAGUAUAUCAACAAUAAUUUGCCUCUUGAGAUGGUCUUUUCAGGGCUUAUUGAUGAGCUUUACCAUAAUGGGGUUAAAACAGAUUGCACCCUGAUAUAUUGUCGAACCCGUAAACAGUGUGGACUAAUAUUUCGAAUGUUUCAGUUAAACUUAAAAGAAAAAUUUUAUCAUGGUAGCACAGAUCCUGAGAAAAGAUUAGUUGAAAUGUACCAUGCAGGCACCCCAAAUGUGGUGAAAGAACACAUCAUUAACAAGUUUGGAGAUGAGGCUGGCCACAUUCGUGUCUUGAUUUCUACAAUCGCUUUUGGCAUGGGUGUAAAUUGCAAAUGUGUUCACAAAGUCAUUCACUUUGGUCCAUCAAGCACCCUAGAGUCGUAUGUACAAGAAAGUGGGAGAGCUGGUCGAGAUGGAAAACCCAGUAACUGCAUUAUUCUUUACAAUGGAUUGCUGUCAAGUUACUGCUCAGCAAAGAUGGCAACAUUUUUAUCAAACGAAGACUCUGUAUGUCUUCGCAAAAUGAUAAUGGAAGAGUUUGGCUACAGUCAUAGCAGUGAUGGCCCUUCGCAUAUGUGUUGUGACAUUUGUGCUGCAAAAUGUGAAUGUGGACUGGCAGAUUGUAGCACAGUGCCUCUUGUUGCUAUCCAAGAAACUACAGAUACCCCAAGCCUUUCAGGAGAGUUGUAUGCAACAAGAGCAGUAAGUGCAAAUGCUAAAGAAAAAUUAAGAGCAAACCUUAUAACAUUUAAGAAGGAGUUAAUAGAGAGGGAAAUGUCUGGUAUGACGUCAGCUGUAGGUGUACCUAAUGUGUUUUUGGAGUUUGGUUGGCUUCAGAUUAUCCAAAUUCUACAAACAUGCCACAAACUUUUUACAGUAGAAGAUGUUUUACAAAAUGUUGAAAUUUGGCGAAGACAUCAUGCAUAUGCUGUACUGAAUAUUAUUUCACAAGUAUUUGGUGACAUUACAGUUGAGCAUGAUGUGUCAAUGUUCGAAGAAAUUUCUGACAUUGAAAUGGAUUGGGAGGAACUGAAGGAUGACUCCAGUCUUCAUGAGCUUUGGCAUAGUCAUGAAUAUGACUUUGAUGAAACAGAGUCCUUAUAUGAUUCAAAUGAGGAUGGAAAUGAUAGUUUCCUUGAAAACCUUGCUGUUAUGAGUAAAUAAAUGACAUUUUCUACUAUACCAUGAUAUGAUUUGAUAUCAUGUCAUCUUAAACAUCUAUUGCUUACUAUAAACCAUAAC